AUGUGGCGACGUUGCACGGGAAUACUCGGUCUCGGGAUCGUGCAAACGGUGAUCGUGAAUGUGCUCAUAAUACGGCACUUUUCUUUGCAACCCGCUGGUCGAUGGUUGCUUAGUGCGUGCUACCUCGUUGCUGCCACCUUUUGUUUGGCUCGCAGCAAAUGUGCUCGGUGCGUUACCGUCCUGAUUGUUCCUCAGUUCCUGAGCAAACGGGGACGCGCUGCCCUGAUCGGUUACAUCUUCCUGCUGACCGUAAGUGGACCAACCGCGAACACGAUGCGGAAUGUGGAAGUGCUAGGGGAAACAUUAAGCUGCACCCAGCAGCAACUGAAGGCAGCGAUCCGGGAAACGGUCCAAGCGCUGAAGGUGCCGUUCCGGGCGAUGAAACAGAUUAUCGAUAGUACGCUUAAGACGGUCGAACGAUCGUUCAUGAAGGUCCAACAGACGCUGAUGGAGAUACUAAAACUGGUGAAAAGAAUUCUACACUCAAUCAAGAAGGCCUACGAUUGGCUACGAGAUGUGGUGGCGAUCUGCAAUGACCAGCUGGGAAGCCCUUCCGAGCGGUGCCUCAAUUCGCUUGAUAAAACGAUCGACGGUUGUAAGGAAGAAAUGGGAAGCAUGGACUUUUUGUGUGAAGUAACGCAAGUGGCCAAAUCGAUCUGUUACGGUGCCACGAUGGUGGACUAUUUCUGUGAGCUGAUCGAUUUCGUGAGCGAUAGUAUCGUUGAUGAAAUAGAGCAAGGCAUUCAGCAGCUCAUGCAAUACAUGGAAGAUCUGUUUCGGGUCAAGGUAGAGUACGAUCAUGCGUACGACUUCGCGACGAACGCAUCAAAAUCGUUUGCAGAAAUAAGAGCCGAUAUUAGGGCCGAGAUUGCUCAACGUACGUUGCCACUUCGAAGAACUUUCAAUUUGCUAGGAGUGGUCACCAGUGGGUUCUUCAUUUGCAUUCUAAUCAGAGCAAUUCAAUACCAUGAAGCCUUUCUGGAGCGGGAUGAGUUUGAUAACAUUUUCCUAACGAAAGAGUUUUACGAAAUAGAAAAGCGACGCGGAGAGUUGAAUGUGGAGCCAUUACUUCCGCUGACUCGCAAAGAACGCCAUCGCUACGUACCUGUGACUUCGCUCCAUCUGACGUGGAAGGAACGUCUUCGAAUAGCAAAGUCAGCCACAUUUCUACUUAUUUCAACCGUACAGAUUGCCUGUCAGCUGUUUUCGGAUUAUGCCCUCUACUGGUUGCUGACACUCAUCAAACAAUUUAUGCACCAAGAAUCGAAUCGUCUUAAUGGGUCAAGGUUUGUGAGCGUUGGGGUAGCCGUCCGGGGCGACGGUAUUCUGGCGGACACGUUGCGUGACAUCGUACGAUCAUUUGAUCCGAUAGUGAACGGAACCGUCAUUGAUCCUUCUCAGUGCAUUCCGGAAGCGUUGCCACCACGUUUCGGGAGGUAUAUCGAAAUCCUGGCACUGCUAACUCUAUGUUGGACGUCUACUUUACUCGAACCAUAUGGACUGCGCGUUCGUCAGUUGAUCAUGCGCCAUUUCUAUCCUGAGCGAGCUCGCGCCCGAGCUGUUUGGUUGCACAAUGACAUCAGGAUGAAAAGAGAAAAUCUGCUGAAGCUUUUUAGGCGGUUUGUUGGCAUUUCGAAGCCGAGCGGUGAUCGAGCCAAGGUUUCUUGGAUCGAAGUUUUAAGGGCGAAAACCAACCGUUUCUGGCUCUGUCGAAAGCUACUGGGAUUGGGCGAUGCAGUGCGAUGUUUUCUAUGUGGUGAGACGCUGGUUGAACAAGAAGACCAAUUUAUCCGAUGCACUGCCCUCGAUUGUCCCUGCGUUUUCUGUCAAGAUUGCUUUUUACGCACGGGCAAUUACUGUUCUCUGUGCAUGAGCGUGCUGCUGCAUGAAUCGACAACGAGCGACAUUUCAUUCGAACGGUUAGAACGAACGCCAACGGUCGAAUUUGAUUCGGCAACGUAG